AUGAGAGUUAUUCACUGCUUUCUUACGAUUUGCUUUGGUUUUCCCGACGAUUGCAUAGACGCUGAUUUAUACGAAGAAUGCGAGGCAAAAUGUCGACUGGAGUACUCGAGCUGUCGGCGUCUUUGCGAGACUGAAUAUUGCCUCGAUAUUUGCAACGAUAUCUUCGAAAUUUGUUUAAAAUCUUGCCCUUGUGGUGAGUUUUGCCCAGAUGGUUGCGCUGGUUGCGAAAACAAAAUAUGUCCGGUUCCGACAACUACUCAAGAAAAAACAACGACAACUGCAGAACCUCGGAUCUGGUUCGAAAAUUAUGAGGAGGAAUUGACCAUGGAAGGAGCUCAGAUGUUUUGCGAGGAUCAAGGCGGAAACCUCGCUUUCUUCAAGUCGCAAGAGGAGUACGAUCAGUAUCUUAGUGAGCUCCCAACAUUCCGCCAAGAGCACUUUGGCUAUCGACAAGUUAUUUGGAACUCCGAAAAUGAUUAUUUUUACCGGAAUACUGACGGAACCAACUCAACAUUCGACUUAUUCUCAACUGGUCGCUCGCCAGGAAGAGAAUUGUGUUUGUUUCACGAUUCUCCUGGCAUCUGGUCAUCUGGCCACUGCUACACGAACAGGCCCUUUUCAUGCAGAUUCGAAGAAGGCUCUGCAGCGGCUCCUUUAUCUUCGAAGCCGAAAGCUGUCAAUUUCGUGCCACAAAAGGAAAAAGCAAGCAUGGAACUCGCUGAGUUUAGGUGUAAUCAACAAGGAGGUCACUUGGCAUAUUUUGACACAGAAGAAGAAUGGAAGGAAUUCAAGAGAUUAUCAGCUGGGUUGAUUUCUGAAUUCAUCGACAAAAAUCGCCAUCGACGAGAAAUAACCGAUGAUCUGAUCGCUAUUGGUGGCGAUGAAAUCGACGUCGUUUAUUCCAUCGGCGACGCUGGCAAAGAUCUCAAGCUAAAAUUUCUCUUCGAAUGGGAAAUCGUCGACAAAAACUGCUCCGCACAUGAUUUUAUAAAAUCAGCAAGAGAAGUUUCUUUCGGCUUCGAGAGAAAUGAGCGAUCGCGAAUCGGUCAAAUUCUGGAUCAUCUCUCCGGGGCAGAAAGAUCAAGAAAGUGCUCAGAAAUUCGCAAUGAGGAGCCUUCCGUCCAGGAUUUCACAACUUAUGACUAUGAAGACACAUUUUACCAAUUUGUGAACGACAAAGCUCAGGAUACAGACUACAUCGACAUCGUAACAGAGUCACCAUUCCUUACGACUGAAAGACCAAAACACAUUUGCUCCAUGUCAAUUUUCGGAAAAUGCAACGACGAAGAAAUGCUCUUCUGCAACUCGCAAAUCUUCGAAAACUCCCUGGACAAGAACUGCCCAUCGAAGCCCGUAGCAGUUGGCCAAUUCAUGGCCAUUACCAAGAAGCUACUCGAACAGACGGAUUCAUGUUCGAAAAAGUUUGUUGGGUGCGACGAUUUGCGUCUUGACCCGAAUUUGAAAAAGGGGACCGCAGCUUUUAAGAAAAUGAAGCAGAUUGUCAAGUCGUUGGAGAAGAGAUGCGGGGUCGAGAUUGAUGGAAUGAGCGAGCUUUGGGACAGCAUGAAGUGCAAGGGCGAAAGCGGCUCGAUCGAGGACGGCCUAUCUUCGCUUUCCCGAUCUCUUAAAACUCCCGAAAAACUCUGCGGUUUGAAACAGUAUGCUUCCCGCAACAUCGAGCCCUUCAAAAAUCGUCUUUUCUCCUCAUCGAACCCCGACCGCGCUCUUGACGGAUUUCGAAUUCUCGCUGAAUUUAUUUCUCAAGCUCCCAAAAAAUGCGAUUUUCAUCGAGCACCUUGUGAUUUGACGUACUUUCCGAAGAAUGAAAACGUCUGUCAACUUGGGGAUAGAGCGAUUGAGCUUUUUAAAAUGGUUGAAAAAGAAUGCGGAGAAAAAGUAGAAGCAGAUUACGGAAAUGUCUUGAAGAAUUUCAAAGAAGACUUCAAGAUCGGCAAAAACCCUGAAAAGCCAAAGUCCGGAAAAUGCCCAAAAACACUAAUGUCUUCUUCCGAGCGCUCAAAAAUUUCUCAAUUCAAGCAAAACUCAAUUUCUGACGAAGAUAUUCGCCAACUCGUCGUUGGAGAAAUCGCUUUUCCUGGCAAAAAAUGCUCACUGAAUGAGCUUACCGCAGAAAUUCCAAAAAUUCAGAAGCAUCUUCUCGACAAGAAAAAUUCGCUGAAGAAGAGUGUCAAGAAAAUUGUCGACAGAGCGGAUGAGAUUUUAGACUACAUGGCCUUUGCUAAUUUUCAGAAGAAAUGUUCAGAGGAGAUCCGGGUCCCGUGUGAGUUUUUAUCGUCCCCACGAAAACACGAAGAAGUCGCGCGAAGAAUCGCAAUGCUAAGCCAUUACUACAGCCAACAUUGUGACAACUACGAUUUCGUUGCUCAAUAUCUUUCCAAUGCUUUCACAAAAUAA